AUGAAACAACUUAAAGAUUCUCUCCAAUACUUGCACAAUUCCGCCCAAAACUGGUUCCUUCGAGCACAACUCGCGUAUGGAGACCAUCUCUUAUCCAACAAGAAGGUUCUUGAUGAAGCGCGAGUAUACAAACAAGCUGCCGACAUCGGAAACUCCGAAGCAUAA